AUGGCUUCCCAAAAUGCUACUCCGGAUGAAAAGAAAAUGCAUGUCAUCAUCAUUGGGUCAGGAUGUACAGGCUUGUUCAUUGCUCAAGGGCUGAAAAAGAGAGGCAUCUCCUUCACCAUCCAUGACAAGAUCAAUCCUGCCUUCCGUCAUCGCGACUGGAGCAUGACCAUGUUCUGGGCCUUCAAAUACUACCCGCACCUCCUGUCUGAAGAGAUGCAGGCUCGCGUGCACGAAGCCCAGGUCAGGUCCUUCUACAAGUCGACCGACACCGAAGAGCUGGUGCUGAGGAACGCGGCCACCGGAGAGGUUCUAAAGAAGGUCAACUCUCCGUAUGCAAUUCGUGUCAGCAGGGCGAGGCUGAGGAAGUUUUUGCUUGCCGGGCUUGAUGUUAAGUACAACCAUGAACUUGUGAACAUCGAGUAUACCCCGACUGGUGCCAUUGCUUACUUCAGUGACGGGACGACCGAGACUGGUUCCAUCGUCGUCGGUGCAGACGGGGGGCAAUCGCUGGUGAGACGCCUGUUGCUGAAAGAGCUGGCCGUGCCCGAGUCAUAUCCAGAAUACGAUAUGGCCAACCUGAGUGUGACAUACACGCACGAACAGGGCAAGUACAUUGCCAACUCGAUGGCGCCGCACGUGGAUUAUGGAGUUCACCCGAAGGGAAUCUUCUUCAUCAUGCUCUAUCGCACCGCCGUUGACAAGGACGAUUACUCAACCUGGACAUUUCACUAUGUCAUCACAUGGCCGAAAGAUCUUCCGGGCAUGCCGUACAAGGGCCAGAGCAACGCGGACCGUCUUCGAGUUCUCAAGUCAUUUGCUGAUGACUUUGCCGAGCCCAGACGAUCAGCUCUGGCCUGGAUGCCGGAAGACCAGGACGUCCCCAAUGACAUGAUCAAGAUCUGGGUGCCCAUUCCAUGGGAUAACCACGCCGGCCAAGUGACGUUAGCUGGGGAUGCAGCCCACGCCAUCUCUUUCCAUCGUGGACAAGGGAUGAACAAUGCGACGGUGGAUUGUGCCAAUUUCGUUACCGCGGUGGAUAAAAUCGUCUCGGGCGAGGAGACAAAGGAGGCUGCAAUCGCUGAGUACGAGAAGGAAGUCAUCGACCGAGGAACAUACGAGGCCACCCUGUCACGUCAGCUCACUCUCAACAUCCACCACUGGGAUCGAUUCCUUGAAAGUCCGAUCAUGAAGUACGGCGGUAAUCUCGCCCGUGAGGUUGCACCGGUGGCGAGAUCUCAGCUAAGUACAGCAGCAGCUGUGGCACAAGAGGCCGCUGCGUGA